AUUUUGUUUGACCGGGCUCCGGCGGCGCGGUACCGCUUCCGGUGCUGUUCUUUGCCUUCCGUCUCUUCUCGUCUCGUCUCUUCUCUCGCUCUCUGGCAGCGGCGGCAGCGGCGGCGGCGAGGAAGAGGAGAUGCCCCAGCAUCCGCUGCGAGUCGCCGUCGUGUGUUCGAGCAACCAAAACCGGAGCAUGGAGGCGCACAGUAUCCUCAGCAAAAAAGGCUUCAAUGUUCGAUCGUUUGGCACGGGGAUGCAUGUGAAGCUACCAGGACCUGCUCCGGACAAGCCAAAUAUAUACGAUUUCAAAACUUCAUAUGAUCAGAUGUACAAUGAUCUCAUUAGGAAAGACAAAGAACUAUAUACACAGAACGGAAUUCUCCACAUGUUGGACAGAAAUAAGCGGAUAAAAUCUCGACCUGAACGUUUCCAGACCUGCAAAGACCAGUUUGACCUGGUAGUGACGUGUGAAGAGCGUGUGUACGAUCAGGUGCUUGAAGAUCUGCACUCAAGAGACCAGGAGACAUUCCAGUCAGUGCAUGUCAUAAACGUGGACAUUCAGGAUAAUCACGAAGAGGCCACAAUCGGUGCUUUCCUCAUUUGUGAACUGUGCCAAUGUAUUCAGCGCACCGAGGACAUGGAGAACGAGAUUGACGAGCUGAUCCAGGAGCUGGAGGAGAAGAGCGGCCGGACUUUCCUUCACACCGUCUGCUUCUACUGAGGGGGCAGUGGAGGGGAGGGGGAUGGGGA